AAGAUUCAAAAAUGUCAUUUAGUUUUGAUUACUAGAUUUUAGGUUAUGUUGAUCGUCUCUCAUUAUUAAAUAAAAGUAAUUUACAAAAUAAUGGCACUUCUUAAAAGUUUCAUAUUACGUAAUGUCUUCUUAACAACACAUCGAGCAAUAGUUUCAACGAUACGACCAUCGUCGAAUGCACCACUGGUUGAAGAUGACGAUGCACCAGUCGACAUCGAAAAUCCGUUUAAAAAAGAAAAAGUUCAAUGCAUUCUUUGCAAAUUGAAUAUAGUUCCAGAUUAUAAAAAUUAUCGCCUUUUAUCUCAAUUUCAAAGUCCCUACACAGGAAGAAUUUACGGUAGACACAUAACUGGCUUAUGCAAAACAAAACAGACAUUAGUUGAAGCAGAAAUCAGGAAAGCACAGAAUUGUGGUUACAUGCCCUAUUAUUAUAAAGAUAAAACUUUCCUCAAAGAUCCAAAGUUAUUCGACCCAGAAAAUCCAAUUCGCUCACACAGAUUCUAAAUUAAUCAUAGAUUUAAGUAGUUUAGGUUACUUUCAUGUAUAAUGUUGUAAAAUAUAAAAUGAAAACAUAAA